AUGAAGCGAGCGCGAAAUGAAAAGGCCACUUCUCCUGCACUCAUACCUCCUUCAUUGGAAAACCUUCCAGAUGAACUGCUCACGACCAUUCUCUCAAUGGUCGCCGCACGCGCCUCAACUCCCCAAGACUUCCUCUCCUGUCGCCUCGCUUCCUCCCACCUUCGCCGCAUCUCACUUCUCCCGGAAAUCCUCGCCGUGUUACCAUCUCCCGCUCUCGCUUGCCCGGCGAAACACUACACGCUCGCCUGUCGCUCGUUCCUGUCGGCAUGCGCAGCGGCGGGAAACGCGGAGGCUGCAUUUCUCCUCGGUAUGGUCGAGUUUUACUGCUUGGAGCGGGUAGCUAGCGGCAUGAAGCGGCUUGUGCAAGCGGCAAAGGCGGGCCAAGCAGCCGCGUUACACAGCUUGUCAAUCAUCCAUUUCAACGGUAGCGGAUUGCCUACAAGCGGAGUGGAGGGAAGUGGUGCAGCGGAGGGAGGUGGCGCAGCGGAGGGGGACGCAGGAAGGCGGAAGCUGUGGGGGAACCGGAAGGUCGGGAUGGGGAUGUUGCUGUGUGUGGCGGCGGCUAAGGCGGGUCAUCCGGAUGCGCUGCGGGAACUAGGGCUGUGUCUGCAGGAUGGGUUUGGAAUCAAACGGAGCGUCGCCCAGGGGAGGCUGCUUCUGGUGGAGGCGAACCUGCGGGAGCUGGCUAAUAGCGGGGAUAGCUUGGCGCUCGCUACUGCUCGCGCGCCUGUCAAGUGGUGGACUGGCGGGUCGGACAUGCGGUCGCCUGCCAGCCGUGCAGCCGAGGCUAGACCAAUCUACUAA